GCACAUACUAGAAGGUAUUGGAAGGUCCUGGAAGCUUGGACUCUGUUCCAACCUCCACCAACUACACCUUCCUUUUAACCCCAUCUCCAAUCUUCUUCACUUCAAUUUCACUCUCAAUUUCGCCGGUAGAGCUUUCUGAUCUUCACCAACAAUGUCCAUAAUUCCAAUCACCGGUCAAGACGGCCGUAUUUCCAACCCUUUCCCUUCAAACAGCCUCAAUCGUUUCCCAAAUUUCCCCUUCCCUCUAGAUCUAUGGCACGAUUUCCCUCUCCCUUCCUCAUUCUCCGGUCCCUUCUCUUGGGGAGCCACCGUCAACACUCACCUCGAUUGGACUGAGACCCCUAACGCUCAUGUCCUCAGAGCUUCCCUUCCCGGGUUCGGCAGUGAAGACGUGCUCGUCGAGCUUCAGGAUGAUCGGAUGCUUCAGAUCAGCACUGAAAGCGGUGGUUUCCUUAGUAGAUUCAAGAUUCCGGAGAGUGGGAAAAUUGAGGAGUUGAGUGCGUUUAUGGAUUUUGGGGUUCUUACUGUGUUUGUUCCUAAAGAAGAAGAUGAUCGGAGUGGACGCGAUGUGCGGGUGGUGGAGAUCACUGGGGAGUAAAGUUCGCCAUUGUAGACAAGUAAGACUCUGAAUUUGAAUGUUGUGUUUAGGAUGAGAAUCUGCUUGUGAUUUUAUGUGUACUGUACUUUGAAGUUGGAUUGCUCACCAUGUGUUUGAUAAAAUGUUUCUGUGGCUGUGGUAGUGUAAAUGUGUGGGUUUUCUGUUUAUCUUAGAAUGUAGAUGUAUAUCAAUAUAAAAUUUGUGACGGUUUUCUACUUAGAUUCCAAUUUUCACAAAAAGAAAAUAAAUAUUGUUAGUUUAAAGGUUAAA